UUUCAUCGUUAGAAUGAUACACAAGCAAGAAACUUUCGUUUAUUGCCAGUAACACACAAUUACUUAGUGUUUACUUCUAAAUCAGAAAACUGCCUUGUGAUGCGCCUUAUGAAGAAAGCUUGAAAUCACUGAAAUGUCAUUUGCGUAUUUAGGUUAAAUUUAACGCAGUUACUGUUGGAAAAAAUCACGAUUUUUUUAAUCAUAUGAAUUCAUUCCUACUUUUCCCUGCGGAAUGAUUUGUUGAUCGGAAGGGUCGCUGCACUGAAAGCGUUUGUGUUUGUAAAAGCGUUAGGCAUUGAAAACGUUUACGUCCGAUUAUUUACGUUUACGUCCGAUUCUUUACGCUUUAGUGAAAUUGAUGAACUGCCGCCUUCCAGAAUUCGCUCUUAUCUGUACACGAUGUUGAUCAGGAUGAGGUUGCUGUUUGUGUUAAUUUUAAUGACGGUCGCAGCGGCUUCCGGGAUCGACCUGCAAAGUACUUCCGGGUUGCAGCUUGAAGCCAGGGAACAUAAACCACCGUUCGGAGCAAUGCAACCGGCAUCCGUCAAUCCCGUGGCAUCCUUACCAAUUGAUUCCAGUAAUAAUAUUACCAGCAGUCCGUUGGUUCGGAAUCGGCGCCAAGGCCUGGCCGGUUUGGAGAUCGCCAAAGACCAUAACAAAGACGAAAGCUAUCCGAAGAGUACGGUCGUCGCGGAAUACACCGUAACUCACACGCCACUCGACCAUCUCGGGUAUCGACGACGACGCGAAGGUCGCGAACACGAUUUUUUCUUAGCGGUUGCACCCAACACCACCGACACCAGUGCGGCUGGUAAGAAUGUGCAACCCUUAAGCCAGCGCAGUCGGCGCCAGACCGAGGAAGAAGGCACGAUCGCCGCUGCCGGUGAGCCGUCACAUAUCGCCGUCCAACCGACGCCGUUUCAUACGGACGUCACGUUGGUGCCGGUUGAUCAUCAUCACCAUGAAUUUGUAGAUCCCAGUGACAGCACCAACGAGGGCCGGAUUAAGCAUAGAGAUAAAACGGUAUUAAAGCGACAGGUGGAUGAGCACGAGAUGACACGGGUGCCUGUCACCAGACGACGCACCACAACGACAACGCUCGGUUGGCUGAAGCGGAUACAGCAGGAUACUAGCAGUGGACAAAGCAGCCGGUCUUCGGGGGCUUCGGGAGGAAUACAGACGCCGCCGAUACCACUUGGAGCGAUUUAAAAUUUCUUAUUGCUAGAAAGUGUAAAUUUUAAUGAAUGAAAACAACACAGCUUUUCUGCAGUAUUCAAGCUGUGAGAACUGGGGUUCAUUAUUUUUUGUUAUAGACGGCGGCACAUCUUUAUUCUUUUAUCAAUUUUUUUCAUCAUGAACACGCCAAUUGGCUUUUUGGUACACAUUACUUUACAGAUACCUUGCUGAAACGAAUGAACAAUUGAAUUUUUAAAAAUUGGAAUCAACGCGACCGAACGUGACUUCGGAAA